AUGAUAACCGGUAAUGAACCACCUCCAUAUGAAACCAACUUCAUGUCCGAAAAAACAACGCCUUCUGGAUUCCCUUCGGGUUAUUUCACUAUCACGAACUGCGAGAAUGGGCGUCUCUUGGACGUAGCGACAAGCUCAACAGCGGAUGGAACUCCCAUUGUGUUAUGGACGCAAAAGGAGAACAGUAUGGUUAUGCCAAUGCGAAGUCCAUUGGCAGAUAACCAGACCAUACUGGAGCGUUAUGCUCAAAGUCAUCUGGGCACGCUGUGGAUAUUCAAGGUUGAUGGUCAUCUGGUACUAAGGCACCGCAAGCCAUUUAUUCUACCAUUUCCCAAUUCUGAAUCUCAUCCCCUUCCUCGAAUAACCUAUGUUCCCUCGUCCAAAUUGAUUCGGGCAACCUUUGCCUGCGAUCCAAAUUACCCACCUCCCGAUGCACGCGAUCCGACGAACGCUUGGCGCUCGAGGGAUUACAUACUUAGUGCUAUUCCCUUACGCAAACCACCUUCGUUCUUAGAAAACACAAUGGCGAUGAUGUCAACCAUUGGUGCCUCGCUCUCCAAACCGCAAGCGCUCAUUUCAGGCCCAUCCGUGGCACCUAUCGCCACCGCAUUUGGGCACGAUGAUACGUCUGCGUCAGAUUUUGCGCUGCGUGAUGAUGAAGUGAUGGAAGAGGAACGAGUCGGUGGGGAAGAUGACACAGAUGAUAGUACCGAGCUGGGGCGCCCUGUGCGUGUACUCGAGGUCCCGAUUGGCUGGUUCGAGAAAGGGGCAUCCAAACUGACACUUGCGGCACUACGUCGCCGACAAUGGGAGGUACUUCCUAUCCAUAGCCACAAGAGAAAGACCGGUGAAAGCGCAUGA